AUGACUGAAACCCUCCCAGUCCCUUCAGUCAAAUGCAUUGCUAUUGUCCAAGUGUCGUGGAUCCGUCGCUGGGACUGGCACAUCCUCACCACGGGCAUCUACACCUACACCAAGGACAUGCGGUUCCGGGUCCUCCAUCCUGAAGGCUCGGACGACUGGACGCUGCAGCUCAAGUACGUCGAGACCAAGGACAACGGCACCUACGAGUGUCAGAUGUACACAGGCACGGGCGUCCUCUCCCAGUUCGUCAACCUGCACGUGAAUAAACCCCGUGCGCUCAUACUCGGGCCUCAGGAGCUCCACGUGCAGGAGGGCGACACAAUCACACUGGUUUGCGUCAUUCAACAAUCUCCCCCCCCCCCCCAGGGCCAACCCCCCUUCGUGUUCUGGUACCAAGAGGAGAAGAUGGUCAACUACGACGGCUCUCGGCACAGGCUCAACGUCAUCACCAAGGUCGAAGGCUCAAGGACGCACUCCAGACUCACCAUCACCGAUGCCAGGUAG